AUGAGUGUGUCUAGUGCAACGCUACGAAAAUACGGUGCGGCCGGCUCGGAAGAGCUCGCGCUUGAGGUCUGGAAGAGCCUGUACGGGCUCAAGCAAGCCGGGCGGCUAUGGAGCCAGCUGCUCCACACCAAGCGAUCGGCCGCGGCUUUUCGAUGCUGCGAGAGCGACAUGUGCCUCUAUGGAAUCGCACCGGGACGGAUCUCGUCGUCGUCGAAGUGUGCGUCGAUGACCUCCUCGCAACCGGGACGAGUGCUGCUGCGGUCGAUCGCUUCUUCGGCAGCCUCGCAUCGCUGA